CUAUUUGUUUUGCAAACAAUACUUGUACCAUCCUAAAACCCCUAAAGAUUUCUGCAACUUCCGGUUCCAGAUGACUUAACCUUCAACAAUGGAAUCCUUAAGAUUAAGAGGACCUCCACAACCCCCCCUCCCUUCACACCCACCAAACCCCAAACCCACCAACCAAAACCUCCUCAAACUCACCCCCACCCCCACCCCCACCCCCACCCCCAAACUCAUCCACACUCUCCGCAAGAAACAGAUUCAAAAACUCAAUCGCCACCGUCCAUCUCCAUCUCCAUCUCACCCCCACCAACAAGAUGACCAAGAAGCCCAGUUUCAGACCCUUAAGGAUGAAUUCAAGACUUUCAACAGGGCAAUCGUUAAGGCCACUAAAACCAAACAGGGUGUGUUGGUGGGGAAGCCAUGGGAGAGGCUAGAAAGAGCUGAAUUGAUGGAGCAUGCAAGUGCUAAUAAGGAGUUUGUUAAUGGGGAGAGCUUAAAGUAUGAAUUUUUAGAUGAGUUGAGUGAGUUUAUUGAGAAGGAGAGAGAUAAGUUCAAGUGGGUUGUGGAAGAUGAUAUUGAGUUGGAAGAUGGUUUAAUUGAAAAGAAUAGUAAGUGGGUUAGGCCCAACAGAAAGGUUACUGAUGCUGAAGCUAUAAAGUUUCUUGUUGACAGGCUUAGUGGAACUGAGUUAAGUAUGAAGAACUGGAAGUUUUCUAGAAUGAUGAAACAGUCGGAAUUGCAGUUUACAGAAGAUCAGUUGUUGAAGAUUGUAGGCGGGCUUGGUGAUAAAGGUCAAUGGAGGCAUGCUUUAUCUGUUGUUAAAUGGGUGUAUAGCUCUAAAGAGCAUAAACACUUCAAGAGCAGGUUUGUGUACACUAAACUCUUGUCAGUUUUGGGAAAAGCAAGAAGACCCAAUGAAGCCCUUCAAAUCUUUAACUCGAUGCGAGCUGAUUACCACAUAUACCCUGAUAUGGCUGCGUACCACUGCAUUGCCAUUGCACUCGGUCAAUCUGGUCUUCUAAAAGAACUCGUGAAUGUAAUUGAUUGCAUGAAGCAACAGCCUAAGAAGAUUAUCAAGAAACGGAAAAACUGGGAUCCUGUUCUCCAACCGGAUUUGGUUGUAUAUAAUGCUGUACUGAAUGCUUGUACAUUGUCGGGAGAAUGGAAAGGCGUAUCGUGGGUGUUCGAGGAGUUGAGAAGAAGCGGUUUGAAACCAAGUGGAGCAACUUACGGACUUGCAAUGGAGGUAAUGUUGGCAUCGGGGAAGUACUAUCUCGUGCACGAGUACUUUGAGAAGAUGAAGAGAAGUGGGAAUGCUCCAAAAGCCCUUACUUAUAAAGUGUUAGUUAAGGCCUUCUCGAAAGAAGGUAAAGUGAAGGAAGCGGUAGAAGCGGUGAGAGAAAUGGAAAUGAACGGUAUUGUUGGGGCCGCUUCUGUAUACUGUGAGCUGGCGUUUUGUCUUUGCUACAAUGGGUUGUGGCAAGAAGCUAUUGUCGAGAUUAAGAAGAUGAAAAGACUUCCUCUAACAAGGCCUUUGGUGGUUACCUUCACGGGCAUGAUAUUGUCUUCAAUGGAUGGAGGGCAUGUUGGUAAUUGUAUACGGAUCUUUGAUAUCAGUAAAGAGCAUUGUGCUCCCGACAUCGGGAUUAUAAAUGCAAUGCUUAAAGUUUACGGACGGAGCGAUAUGUUCUUUGAAGCCAAGGAAUUAUUUGAAGAUACUAAAAGAUCCAAUGGUCAUAACGUUAGUGUGGGCCGUGAUGGCCCGUUCGUUAGCCCCGAUGCAUACACUUAUGGUGAAAUGCUUAGAGUAUCCGCUAGUUCUCAUCAAUGGGAGUAUUUCGAUUAUGUUUAUAAGGAAAUGGUGUUUUCGGGGUAUCAGCUUGAUCAACACAAACAUUCGUUUCUUCUUGUUGAAGCAUCCCGGGCUGGGAAGACCCAUUUACUAGAGCAUGCAUUUGAUGUAAUGCUAGAAGCGGGUGACAUACCACCUUCAUCGUUCUUUGUUGAAAUCAUAUGUCGCGCUAUGAUCCAAGAUGAUUUCGACCGAGCAGUGACGAUUCUUAAUAGCAUGGCCCACGCUCCAUUCCACGUUCAAGAGAAGGAAUGGAGAGGACUAUUCGAGGAGUACAAAGGUAAAAUCACGCAAUCUCAUUUAAGAAAGCUUCUUGACGCGAUCGAUAGUCAUGACGUAACAAUGGAAGCUUCAGCGUAUAAGUUAUCAAGAUUAUUGCAAACGCUUUGUGGGUCAAAGUCAAACAACUCGUAUCAGGUGAGUUCAGGCGGUGACGUUACGCAGGAGUCUGAUUUGGAAACACCAAUGGACGUUAAAGAACAUAAAUUAGGCGAUAUAAUGGAACGUUUUGCGGAUGAGUUAACGCCUGAAAGUCUUGGGUAUGAGAAGUCAAAGUUGACUAAUAAAGAGGCGUUGGAUGAUGAUUACGAUUCCGAGGAUGAUUUCUUGGCUGGUGAAUUGGGGGAAGUAGAUGAACCGAAGAGAAACAAGUUACCGUCUGCAGAUGGUAUACUUGAACAUUGGAGGGAAAGCAUGGUGAAAGAUGGGAUUUUUUUGCCAUUUCAAAUUGGAAGAAAGUGAUUCCGAAAUGCGAUUUGCAUACAAGUGUGCAGAUUAGAGUGUUUUUUGUUAGAAUGUAAAAGCUUGUAUGUAUAAAUUCUUUGUUUACUACAGAAUACUUGAGUUGACUUUUGUCAUUGUUUAAAAGGAAUUUUGACUAUACAAACA